AUGCAUCUCCCUAAACCCUUCAUCAUCGGGGCCACCAUGCUGGCGACCGCUGAGGCAGGCAACUCCAGCUUCACCGCAAAUCUAACAGCAACGGGCUACGGAACCGUCUUCGACGUUCCCAUCACCAUCGGCGACCAAACCUUCGAUCUCCUCGUCGACACCGGAAGCAGCGAUACCUAUGUCAUGAAGACCGGAUACACCUGCAUCAACUCGCUGGACAACAUGAUAAUUCCCGAAGAAGGCUGCCGUUACUCGAACAAGACCUACACCAUCUCGGAAACCCACCGCUCCAUCUCGGACGAAAUUUUCGGCAUCAAGUACGGCGACGGCAUCGCAAGCGGCGAAAUGGCGUACGAGAAUGUCUCCCUGGGCGGGAUCUCGGUCGGAGACCAGAAGGUCGGCAUUGUGAAUGUCUCGAACCCCAUGGGCGACGGAGUCAAUAGUGGACUGCUGGGUUUGGCAUAUCCCUCCAUCACGUCAGCGCACCCGGCAAACCACACUUCCAACCAGACAUACUGGUACGAAAGACUGCCGUACGACCCUGUUCUCUUCACGAUGCAUAAGGAGGGCUUUAUCGAGCCAUACUUCAGUUUGGCAUUGGCGCAUACGCCCCAGAAUGAACCUACUUCUUUCGGAGGAUACCUGACUCUCGGCGGUCUUCCGCCUGUCGCGCACAGCGAGGGGUUUAGCAGUGUCCCUGUGGAAAUCCUCGAGGAUCUACCGGUUGCCUUCACAUCCGGUGAAAAGGUUCGAUCGUACUGGGCUACAACAGUUAGCGGUGCAUCGUACGGCUCGUCCGCGGGUAACAUGGCUGCGAACGAGACCUCAUUUCAAGCUUUUGUCGACUCUGGAAACUACAUGCAAUACCUGCCCGCCGCCAUUGUGGAGCCUGUCAACGCGAUGUUCUCCCCGCCGGCAAUUUACAACAAUAAGACCCAGGCAUAUGUUGUCGAGUGUGAUGCCCUAGCUCCGGAGUUUGGAUUGAAAAUUGGAAAUCAGACAUUCUUCCACAAUGGAGAGGAUCUGAUCUACCGGAUUUCGAAUGAGACUUGUGUUUCGAGUCUUGCGUCGUCUGAAAGCAUUUCGAUUGAGGGCUUGACGCUGAACAUUAUUGGUGUUCCAUUCCUAAAGAAUGUUAUUGCCGUGUUUGAUUUCGGCAACAAUGAGAUGAGGUUCUCGAAGAAGCUUGAUUUGAACAGCACUGCUUCCGAUAACUCCGGGCAUUGA